AUGGAAAAACUGAAACAUUUCUGGCAUAGCCAUCCAUUGGGCCUCAAGGAAAUACAAAUGGAUGAAGGCGGCCACAAAUUAGUUAUCUGCGGACUCUGCGAGAAACAGAUCUUAGGCCCUGCAUAUAGUUGUUCCGAAUGUGAUUUUUUUCUGCACAAAAGAUGUGCGGAACUCCGUCGACAAGUUACAGACCCCAUACACCAACACCCUAUGCACCUAUCCUGGCGACUCGCAUGUGAUUUUUGUGGAGAUGAUGAGAAAAAGAUGCUACUAUGUUCUAUUCAUGUGAAGUGCUCAUCAACUUCAUCUUCAACACCUUUGAGGGAUCUAGAAAGUGAGAUUAUGGAUCAGAAAGACCACGAUCUUGAUGUACUACACUUGCCGAUGAACUGUUUUGUUGAACAUCUCCUCCUUGAAAAAAUUGAGGACGAACCAAUGAUCAGCCAUUGGAGCCAUGAGCAUCAGCUAACACUUUUCAAAGUGCAAAAUGACAAUGAGACAAACAAUGAUAACACAAUAUUAUGUGAUAGCUGUGUACAACCGAUUUCACAUCCAUUUUAUUGUUGUACACAAUGCGUUUAUUUUCUCCACUUAAAUUGUGCCAACUUACCACCAGAGAUACAACACCCACUUCACCAACACCCGAUUCAGCUCUCAAACUUUAGUGAAUUCUAUCGGCUCACCGGUUGCGAAGCUUGCGAGUCAUACAACAACGGUUUCUUCUACAAGUGUGACACGUGUAAAUCCUUCGCCAUUGAUGUUAAAUGUGCUCUCCUGCCCGCCUCUAUUGUACAUGAAGCUCACAAGCACUCCCUAUGUCAGAGAAACAAUACAUGGAUGAGAAUGGAUAUUGCAGUGCAUGUGGACUCUAUUUUUAUAAUCACGGGUUCGGAUGUAAGGAUUGCAAUUUCCGUCUAUGCUGUAAUUGUGCUCUACUCCCUAAAACCGUCGAGCAUAGAUGGGAUAGACAUUCCCUCAUCCUUACCUAUCCUCCUAUCUUUGAUCAUCCCCAAGAUUUCUAUUGUGAAAUUUGCGAGGAAGAAAUAAAUACCAGGGAGUGGAUCUACCAUUGUCGAGAAUGUGAUCAAUCUUUUCAUCUUCAAUGUAUUCAUCGUACAUAUCGAAAUGUCAAGUUUGGUGGCAGCCGUGAGUUUAAAGAUCACCAACACCCUCUCAAGUUUCUUCAAAAUGCAAUGAAACAGUUCACGUGUUGUCGUUGUGGUGGGCUUUCUAGGGAUGAUCCCGUACUUGAAUGUCUAGAGUGCUACUAUAUGCUUUGCAUAAAAUGUAUGGAAAUUCAUGAUGAG